GAGGAUAAAUCCGACAAUUCAACGAGGUUAGAGAUAACAGAAACUUGAAGAGGCAAAAAUAACAAUUCCUCUGUUGCGAAUGCGAUGGAGCUCAAGCUGCAAUCUUUUUCACUUCCCUCCCCAGUUUCAAGUAUUAGGGAUGUGAAGAUGUUAAAUUCAGUUUCUUCAUUUGAUUCCAAGUCUUCAAGUAAAAAAUCGAAGAGGUCAUCGAUCGCGGUUCCUGCUUUAGCUGAAACAGCUGCUUCUAUUGCAAUUGCUGGAACAGUUGUUGGUGUUGCAGCUACUCUCCUUGUCCAGAGAACCAAAGCUCCUGAAGUAACAGAGGUUCGUAUGAGAGACUGUGACGAUUGUGGUGGUUCGGGUAUAUGUUCUGAGUGCAAAGGCGAAGGAUUUGUCCUGAAGAAACUGUCGGAUGAAAGUGCUGAGAAGGCGAGACUGACAGCAAAAAAUAUGGCCACUCGGUAUACAGCCGGGCUUCCGAAGAAAUGGAGCUACUGCACCAAAUGCUCAUCUGCACGAUCAUGCACGGCCUGUGGUGGGCGCGGAAAGAUAAGCUACUAGCUCUCGAUCUUGUACAGUUUUCAUCGUUCUGAUCCACACCGACUCUGCAAAAUUACACGCAUUAAUCGCUAUCCUUAAUCUGAUGGAGCUUUUGGUUGACACAGAAGAUCGAUUGGUUUACUUUCUCACAUCCUUCUGAUACUUCAAUCUUCAACUCACCGUAGAGAUUACUCUAAGUCAUUUGCUCCUUCUUUGAUCUUUCUA